AUGGCUCAAACCCGGUCCACAACAGGAUACCUGAGCCAUGAGGAACGGACAGCAGCUGAGGUCCGAGACCCAGAUCUUCAUUCUGUCAUUCUAGACAGCAUUGAACCUGUGAACGAAAGGAUUCGAUUGCUAAAACUAAGAGUCAAAGACCAGCAGCGCGGUAUUAAGUUUCUCCCUGGACAAUGGCUGGAUGUUCAUGUACCCGGUUUGAAGAAGGCCGGUGGCUUCACAAUUACUUCGACUCCAAAAACCGCUCGGUCUUAUCCACCGGAAUCCCCUAUCGACGGAUCCCGCUUUCCCUACCUUGAACUCGCGAUACAAGACAGCCCCUCGAAUCCUCCCGCGGCGUGGCUUUGGCGAGCACCAGAUGAGAUAUUAGGCAAAGAACUGGAGGUGCGCGCUGGAGGCAGCUUUGUCUGGCCGCCGCCUGGAGUCGAUCUAGACCAAGUCAAACGCGUAGUCUUCAUUGCCGGAGGUGUCGGGAUAAAUCCACUGGUAUCUAUUCUGUCGCACAUUCGCGAAACCAAUGUACAACUCGACCACCGCUUUAUUUAUGCGACCAAGAUAUCAAAGCAAAGCCUAAAAGCAUCGGAGAUACUUUUUCUACCAAGAUUGUUGGAUAUCUUCAAAUCAUCCCUUACCGUAGAUGAUGACAUACAAAAGGAGCGCCUUGACCUGUUCUUCACAGGCCAUCCCGGGGACAUGAAAUUUGCCAAAGAUAUUCCACAUCAAACUCACUUUCGGCGACUCAGCGAUCGCGAUAUUGAGGAAGCUGCUGGAACGAUACAGGAGAGGCAAUCUUCGCUCUUCUAUGUAUGUGGCCCUCCGACCAUGACAGACCAUGUUGUCGACUUUCUGAAGAAGCAGGACUCCGUGCGCCCUGACCACGUGCUAUGUGAGAAGUGGUGGUGA